CGGACCGCGUCCCGGAAGUGACGCGACGGCGGCGACGGGGCGCGCAGCUCCGCGGGGCGGCGGCGGUAGCGGCCAUGGCGCACAUCACAAUCAACCAGUACCUGCAGCAGGUCUAUGAAGCAAUUGACACCAGAGACGGGUCAUCCCUUGCAGAGCUGGUGUCUUUCAAGCACCCUCAUGUUGCCAACCCACGGCUUCAGAUGGCCUCUCCAGAAGAGAAGUGUCAACAAGUUUUGGAACCCCCUUAUGACGAAAUGUUUGCAGCUCAUUUAAGGUGCACGUACGCGGUGGGGAACCACGACUUCAUAGAGGCGUACAAGUGCCAGACCGUCAUUGUCCAAUCAUUCCUACGGGCAUUUCAGGCCCACAAAGAAGAAAACUGGGCUCUGCCUGUCAUGUAUGCAGUGGCACUUGACCUUCGAAUAUUUGCCAAUAAUGCAGAUCAGCAGCUGGUAAAGAAAGGAAAGAGCAAAGUUGGGGACAUGCUGGAGAAGGCGGCCGAGCUGUUGAUGAGCUGCUUCCGCGUCUGCGCCAGCGACACCCGUGCGGGCAUAGAGGACUCCAAGAAGUGGGGCAUGCUGUUUCUGGUGAAUCAGUUAUUCAAGAUCUAUUUUAAGAUCAACAAGCUCCAUUUGUGUAAACCGCUCAUCCGAGCCAUCGACAGCUCAAACCUGAAAGACGACUACAGCACUGCACAGAGGGUGACGUACAGGUACUAUGUGGGGCGGAAGGCCAUGUUCGACAGCGACUUCAAGCAAGCUGAGGAGUACCUGUCCUUUGCUUUUGAGCACUGCCACCGUUUGAGCCAGAAGAACAAAAGGAUGGUCCUCAUUUAUCUCCUUCCUGUGAAGAUGCUCCUGGGUCACAUGCCAACCAUUGAGCUCCUGAGGAAGUACCAUCUCAUGCAGUUUGCGGAGGUGACCGAAGCUGUGAGAACUAAUGGCGUUUCGACGCGCUCUCGUCCCGGACGUUGUUCUGACUGUGUCUGUGCGUCUGUCCCGCCGCCCAGCGAAGGCAACCUCCUCCUCCUGAACGAGGCUCUGGCCAAGCACGAGACCUUCUUCAUCCGGUGCGGCAUUUUCCUCAUCCUCGAGAAGCUGAAGAUUAUCACCUACAGGAACCUCUUUAAGAAAGUGUACCUGUUACUCAAGACGCACCAGCUGUCUCUGGAUGCGUUCCUGGUUGCCUUGAAGUUCAUGCAGGUGGAGGACGUGGACAUCGCCGAGGUCCAGUGCAUCCUGGCCAACCUGAUCUACAUGGGUCACAUUAAAGGCUACAUCUCGCACCAGCACCAGAAGCUGGUUGUCAGCAAGCAGAACCCGUUCCCCCCGCUGUCCACGGUGUGCUGACCCCGCCCCCGGCCCCGGGGACAGGGAGCCGGGCCAUCCUGGUUCGUAUGCUGCCGAGAACUCGUUCUCCGCGGCUGGAGUCUCUCGGGUCUUUCCCGGGGGAGGCUGAGACCUCAGUGUCUCUGCCAUCACGGCUGACGGAUAUGCACCUCACGGAGGCCUGGCAUCCCCUUCCCAGA